CCAUCCCGCACAGUUCUCAUCUCAGCUUGAGUCAAUUGCACGAGAAAGUCGCCUUUUUGACCCGCUACCAGGGAAAAAAACAAGGACAAGGAAAAAAUAAAAAACACGAAAUAUAUAUAUAUAUAUUUUUAUCAACUGCGAUCUGAGUGGAUAUUCUGUUUGGACACAUGCAACAGCUCGACACUGACUCUUUGAAGCAAUAUCAAGCUGCGUGGCUCGGCGCUGAGCCUACGAGUAAAAGUUACUUUGUUUCCACGCAAGUGAAACUUCGGGCUGGACGCUUCAUCUGACAAACUUGGCGGCGCUUUCGUCCCAGUUCUAAAGUCCCUUCAUCCUGGUUGGGGUGAUUUAAAGCCAGGAGGGCUUCUGAUUGUCGAUGAUCACAAAUGUUAGCGAUAGGGCAGAUGGAUACUAACCGCCAGAGCGCUUUCGUUUUGGGCAGUACGCCCUUGGCAGCUCUUCAUAACAUGGCUGAAAUGAAGACAUCUUUAUUCCCGUACACUCUGCAGAACCCAGCGGGUUUCAAAGCACCUUCGUUAACAACUUUGAACGCCCAGAUCCCUCUCGGGACGCCACACGGAAUUAGUGACAUUUUGGGUAGACCCAUCACCACGGCCGGCAAUCUUCUGUCGGGACUUCCUCGGAUAAAUGGACUGGCUACGACAGCUGGGAUGUAUUUUAACCCUGCGGCCGUUUCCCGGUACCCCAAGCCUUUGACGGAGCUGCCCGGUAGAGCGCCCAUCUUUUGGCCCGGAGUUGUUCAAGGAUCCCCUUGGAGAGACCCUCGAAUCACUUGUCCAACGCAAACCAACAUGGUACUGGAUAAAGACGGCAAGAAAAAGCACUCCCGACCCACGUUUUCAGGCCAGCAGAUUUUUGCUUUGGAGAAAACCUUUGAGCAGACCAAAUACUUGGCAGGUCCAGAGAGAGCGCGGCUUGCCUACUCGCUGGGGAUGACCGAGAGCCAGGUCAAGGUGUGGUUUCAGAACCGAAGAACGAAGUGGAGGAAGCGACACGCGGCAGAAAUGGCAUCAGCAAAGAAGAAACACGACUCGGAAACGGAGAAAUUAAAGGAGAGCUCGGAUAACGAGGACGAUGACGAAUAUAAUAAACCUUUGGACCCAAAUUCGGAUGACGAAAAAAUAACAAGACUUCUGAAGAAGCACAAAGCCACGAAUUUAUCUCUAAUUAGUCCUUGUAGCAACAGCUCGGACACGUUGUGAUAGGAGGAAAGGAAAAAGAAAAGACUUGAAGAGCAAAAGACGCUUCUAAAGCGGAUCGAACCAGGGUAUCAAGUGUAAUAAAAGGCUGAAAUGCAACUCGAUGUUCAAAGUGUGUGUUGUACAGAUUAAAUUGUAUGUGAGAUGUAUAUAUUUUUUACUGAAUAAGUUAUGGAAUUAAACAACUCUAUGAUGUAAAUCACCCGGAAUGAAACUUUUAUUUGUCAUUUCCUUCCACUUGCCUUUUAUCUUCUUCAUUUUACUGAAUUUCGGAAUCUAACAAUCAAACGCGGCAACUGGAUUUUGUUUAUGUGAGAACGCUUGUUCGAAAGAAGCAAACCCAGAUGUACUUUGAAACUGUAAAAAUAAUUUGCUUAUUUCUUUAAACAUGCAUUGCCCCUUUAAGUUUAAGGGGUUUUACUAUUUUAUCUAUCAUGUGUCAAAACAUAAAUUGUUUCUGUGUUGGGUAAAAUUACAAUGAAUAUGGCUUCCAAGAUAGCUGGGAGAAAAAAAAAGUUUUUAUUGUCAAUAAAUUAUUUAACAGUCUU